AUGGAUAAGACAAAGGAACAGAUCUAAGAAUACUUCAAUAUUUUUGAUAAAGAUGGAAGCGGCUCAAUUGACAAGGAGGAAAUUAAAGGAUUGGCCGCAAAUGUGGGCCUUUAAUGGAACGACUAGAAGUUGAAUAAGGUUAGAAUUCUUAAUAUUUUAGAUCCUAUAAGCACUUGACACAAAUGGAGAUGGCAAGAUUUCAUUUGAUGAGUUUUAUGAAUACUUCUUAUAUGGAGAACAGAAGCAAAUGGAUAAAUUGAUAUAGAAGAAAUUUAAACAUAUCAAAAAUGUUAAGAAUCUCCAUAAAAAGUUGAAUCAAGAAUAUGGUAUCAUUUUUUUAUCUAAUUUAAUAGCACAUAUCUUCAACAAGAAUAAUGAAGAAGGAAAAUCCUAAUGUUCCAUAUCAUUGAAUGUUGGUGAGAAAUCUCAAGCCAAAUCAGCUUUGGAAUUUGCAGUAAGAGUUGGAGAAGACAAUAAGAAUUUUUCAUAAUCUCUAUUGAAAAACUUCCCAUAUGCAGGUGACCAUGUAAGUUUAAUAUCUAAUUAAGAUUGUUUCAAUUGUUUUUGGAUUUAAAUGUUAAAAUUCUGAUGCAGUCCAAGAGAAAUUUGAAGCAUUUUUUGAAGGCAUAAUUGAUUUGGCUUUAAACAUGAUACCAGAAGAUAUCUCAUAGAAGAUAGCAGUAUUCAAAAAUGAUUUAAAAAUUGAAUACAAAGCUUUACCAGAAGAAUUGUUGGUUAGAUUCUACAUGAAUAAUGAAUUAACAGAGAAUGUUCUUGUUGCUUAUAGAUUGAUCUCAGGAAUGUUUAUCCAAGAAAAUAGCUCAAUAUUCGCCAAUUUGAAGCUUUGUAAUGAUAUAAUAAUGAUAAUUAGCAUUCGCUGCAGGAUUAGCAGAUAUUGGUGCAACACCAAAUGAGAACAUUAUUAACUGGGUAGCCAAAGGAUUCUCAGCAAGUUUCGAUGCAACAGCUUCAAGCGAUCUUGUAAUUAUUUUGUUUUACUAUGACAGAUCGAAUAUGCUAGAUAAGGACAUUAUGCUGCUAUUGGAAAAUACUUUGAAUCAUACAAAGUCAAAGUCUUAGAAUAACUAACACCAUUGACAUUGAUGAACAAUGCAAGAUUACAAUUCAAUUUCUAGUCAUAUGAAUAAUUUGUCUAGGAAAUGCAAUUGCCAGAAUUAAAUGAAGUCAAUUUGUCAGUUGCCGUAGAUCAAGCCAAAGGAGCUAAUGUCAAUGAAUUGAUUGGUGGAAUUCCAUUUGUUGGUGAACUAUUGGAUAUUUUGAGAGUAGAAGGAAAUGGUAAUUAAACAAUUCUAAAUCGUAGGAUAAAUUUAAUUGGCUGUGAUUUCACAAGAAGCUUCAUUGGCUAUAACAGCAUCAGGAGAAGGAGCCGCCUUGAUUUGGGAGAAGCUAAUUUGAUUUAAUUAUAUUGAAAAAAUCAAGCAGAGCAUUUAUACAAA